UUUUUAAGGCGUUUCGUCCCGGGAAACCAAGAUAUGAGGACGUGCUGGGAAUUGUAGUUUCCUUAAGCAGUAAUACCUUUUUGAUAUAUCGAAGACGAGGCUACAGCUUGGAAGACAUCACUCCCGUGAUGCUUUUCGGAGGCAGCCUGCGCUCCCUGGCUACGGCGGUAUCCGAGAGCCGGGGACCCAACCGAGUCGUUCCGCCGGGAAAAGGGCGGAUUCGCUAUUGAACAUGGACCGCCACCCCGCAUGAUCGGAAACUUGGCCGCUUCGCUCGUUCUCGUUUCUCGUGGUCUGGCCUGCUUCUUCGAGGAUGAACAAGGUGAAGGUUGAUGAAGAAGAAUAUUGGAACAGUUCCAAAUGUAAGGCCUUUACUUUUGAUGAUGAAGAUGAUGAACUGCUUCAGUUGAAGGAAUCCAAGAGAGCAGUCAAUAGCCUUCCAGAUAUUACAGAUGAUGAUGAUGAUGACCUUGAAAGGUUCAACUGGAGUGGGGAACGUGUGGGCAGCAUUUCAUGGUCAAUCAAGGAGACUGCCUCCAGCAGCGGUAGCAGCAGUACCUCUGAAGGGAGGGAUCUGAGUCAGCACAAAGGCUCUUCCUAUGCAGCUAUACCCAAGCAAUCCUCUUCUUACUCACUGAGUAGCUUUUUUAAAGGAAGAAAUAAACAUGGGAGUUUUCAAUCACUUUCAGAUGCUCUUACAGACACAGGAUUUAAAAAUUAUGCUCCAGAAUUACGCAGACCAAAAGGAGAUUAUAAGGAUUACAAUGCUGAUUGGAGCCCUAACGAUACAGUAAGACGGCUGCAGAGAGGCAAGGUGUGUUCCUUGGAAAGGUUCCAUUCCUUGCAGGACAAAUUCCUGCUGCUGGAUGAAGCUGUUGCACUGCAUGAUGGGAAUGUUAUUACAGCCAUACUCAUUUUUCUGAAAAGAACCUUAAGGAAAGAGAUCCUGUUCAGAGAGCUGGAGAUGCGGCAAGUUGCUUUGCGCCAUUUAAUACAUUUUCUCAAGGAGGCUGGAGACCAAAAACUUCUCCUAGACUUGUUGAGAUUCCUGGACAGAACUGAGGAAGUUGCACUGACCCAAUACCGUGAACAUUUGACUAUCUUGGAUGCUGAGAAAAGAAAGGAGUUUCUGAAAAGUUGCAUUGGGUUGCCCUUUUCAUCAGAGGAUGCUGCUCAUGUUCAGGAUCAUUAUACACUCUUGGAAAGGCAGAUCAUCAUUGAGGCAAAUGACAAACAUUUAGAGUCAUCUGGGCAGACAGAAAUCUUUCGAAAAUACCCUAGAAAAGCUUCCAUUCUAAACAUGCCAUUGGUCACCACGCUUUUCUACUCCUGCUUCUACCAUUACACAGAAACUGAGGGAACAUUCAGUAGUCCAGCAAACUUGAAGAAAACCUUCAAGAUUCCAGAUAAACAGUAUGUGCUAACAGCUCUGGCUGCUCGUGCCAAACUCCGAGCUUGGCAUGAUGUGGAUGCUUUGUUUACAACAAAGAAUUGGUUAGGCUACACCAAAAAAAGAGCUCCUAUUGGUUUCCAUCGAGUGGUGGAGAUAAUGCAACGGAACAACGCCCCAGUGCAGGUCCUGCAGGAAUAUGUGCGUUUAAUAGAAAAUGUUGAGAUAAAGUUGAACCUGGCUAUGAAAUACAAGUGCCAUGAUGUUGUUAUUGAUACAUACAAAGAUUUGAAGGACCGCCAGCAACUGAUGGCAUACAGAUGUAAAGUUGAACGGGGUUGUCCAGCAGAGGAGAAGAUUGAUACUAUCCUCAGUAACCCACAGAUCCGGUGGAAGAACUGAGAGACACUCCAUUCUUUUGGAAGCACUUCAUGUUGACUCGAUGAGGUCAAAGAGAAAGAUUGCCAAGCCAGUUCUGCACUGAUUUCAAUCCACUUUGUCAGUUUGCCUGUUGCUUCAAGAUGCUGCCUCUGUGAAGCCUUCACUGAAAGGAACCUCUUAGGCACAGAGUUGGCCAAAAGAGACAUUUAGCCGAUGAAGCACAAAUCUGAUGAGUUGAACUCCACAAUGUAAACAUAAGAGGAAUAUAAUAUUAUAUAGACAAGAGAAGCAUAUUUGAGUCAAGAACUUAAUGCUUCCACUUCCUGUUUACUGUCUAGUCAUCUGAAAUGAUCAGGACAGCUUUCCAUAGGAAAAAAAAUCUGUAUAAUAAAUAUGCUUUUCCCUCAUUUGA